UAUAAAAACCCAAACGCUACGCUGAAAGAACCACCCAGGCCAUGGGUGUGCUAAGAUAUUCUGCAUUGCCAAACAGAGGCAUUUAUUCAUAUUCAUCUCAAGCUGUACAACAAUUCCCAUCACCAUGGAAAAUUGCCCCCUACAUGCAAAGAGAAAACAGAAAUAGACCACUAAAAUCUCCUAGUUGGGCUCUGGAGACGAGCAGUGGGGAACAAUCAGGAGGCCUAACUAAAACUAACACUGAAUCGGGAGCGCCCACAUUAACACCUGCAUCCACAUUACAGGGAAUUGAAGAAGGUUGGGAGGUGACAAAACUAGCACUAGAUGCUGAUCCACAGAGCAUAACAGAAUGGGAGCUGGACUUUUGCUCUAGACCCAUUUUAGACAUCCGUGGUAAAAAGAUAUGGGAACUUGUUGUAUGUGACAGCAGGAGGGAUCUUGAGUUUACCAGAUUUUAUCCAAACAAUGUGAUCAACAGUAUAACUCUCAAGAAUGCCAUAACGUCCAUUAUUCAGACUUUGGGUGUGCCCAAGCCUCAGAGAAUUCGUUUUUUCAGGUCACAGAUGCAGACUAUCGUAUCAAAAGCAUGUAAUGAGCUUGAAAUAAAGCCAAUUGCAAGCAAAAGGUGUCUAUCAUUGGUUCAGUUGCUGGAGGAGCGGUACGAACCUGUGUAUAUGCGCCAUCCAGGAUUUCAGGAAGGGGCAAAACCUCUUCUGUCAAUAGAACAGCCUUUUCCAAUGGACUUACCUGAUAACCUCUAUGGGGAGAAGUGGGCUUUUGUUCAAUUGUCUUUGGCAGGUGCUAUUCAUUUUCUGAUUUGA